AAAUCAAACGCUCUGCCUCUCUCUCUGUACUUGGGAUUGCACCUGGACGACGUCACCACCACUGAACUCCAUAGCUGACAGGCUGCGAGAGAGCUGCGUGCGAAUGCUUCCUUAAACACGCUGAAGAUUCCCCGUGUAGCAUACAAACAAGGGCAGAACAUAAUAAGUCAAAGCAAACUUGAUCGGGACCUUUUUAAACGCUUUAUAAAGGCUGCUCAAACUACAGAGAAACCAGAUCCAAGCCAGACAGUGUGGAUUUAGAAUUAAACCAGCUCACAGUAACCCUACAUAGAAUGGUAUUGGAGGAAAACCAGUCUACAAACAUGGACCAGUUCAUUUUAAUGAAGUCACAUCUACCAGUCGUCGUGAGCUGAAAGCCACAAGGUGUUCUAGACUACCUAGCUAACCCAGGAGACUGCUGGAUGAGUGGUCACCAUGUCUCCCUUCUUACGCAUCGCCUUUAAUGCGUUUGAUGUGGGCGUCUUGCCACCCCUGACUGACGCUCCCUUCUGUGCAAUUAAGAUGAAGGAGUCCCUCAGCACUGAGCGGGGGAAGACCCUAGUCCAGAGGAAACCCACUAUGUACCCUGCCUGGAAGUCCACUUUCGAUGCCCACAUCUACGAGGGCCGUGUCCUCCAAGUGGUUCUGAUGAAGACCGCAGAGGAGCCAUUGGCCGAGGCCACGGUGGGCGUGUCCGUACUGGCUGAGCGCUGUAAGAAGGGCAACGGCUGUGCUGAAUUCUGGGUAGACCUGCAGCCUUCUGGGAAGGUUCAGAUGGUCGUCCAGUUCUUUGUGGAGGACACAGACACAGCAGUGUUUAAGUCGAACGUGAAGGGGCGUGAAGAGGAAGAUGGGGCGAUGACACUGACCCGAAGGAGAGGAGCCAUGAAACAGGCCAAGGUCCAUUUCAUCAAGAACCAUGAGUUCACAGCCACUUUCUUCGGACAGCCCACCUUCUGCUCUGUCUGCCGGGAGUUUGUCUGGGGAUUCAACAAGCAAGGCUACAAGUGCAGACAAUGCAACGCCGCCAUCCACAAGAAAUGUAUUGACAAAAUCAUUGGGAGGUGCACAGGAACAGCAGCCAACAGCAGAGAGACUAUGUUCCAGAAGGAGCGUUUUAAGAUCGACAUGCCACAUCGCUUUAAGAUCCACAACUACAUGAGCCCUACCUUCUGUGACCACUGUGGCAGUAUGCUCUGGGGAAUGGUCAAGCAGGGCCUCAAGUGUGAAGACUGUGGCAUGAACUCCCAUCACAAAUGUGAGAAGAAAGUGGGAAAUCUCUGUGGAAUCAACCAGAAACUCCUGGCUGAGGCCCUCAACCAAGUUAGCCAAAAAUCCACAAGACGGUCUGAAUCCAACAACUCUGAGUCAACGGACAUUGGAAUCUACCAGGACUUCAACAAAAGCCCAGGAGCGGACCCUAGUGAAGGCUAUGAGAAGCUGUGGGAGGGAGGUAAGGGCCCUGCCCCAGCCAGCAUCACCCCCAAGACCCGCCUCACCAUUGACAGCUUUGUGUUCCACAAGGUGCUGGGCAAGGGCAGCUUUGGCAAGGUCCUGCUGGCUGAGCUGAGGGGGCGAGGACAGUACUUUGCUGUGAAGGCCCUGAAGAAAGAUGUGGUUCUGAUGGAUGAUGAUGUGGAGUGUACCAUGGUGGAGAAGAGAGUCCUGGCCCUGGCCUGGGACAACCCCUUCCUCACACACCUCUACUCCACCUUCCAGACCAGGGAACACCUGUUUUUCGUGAUGGAGUACCUGAAUGGAGGAGACCUGAUGUUCCACAUACAGGAUAAGGGUCGCUUUGACCUCUACAGAGCCACGUUCUACUCAGCCGAGAUCAUAAUUGGACUGCAGUUUCUCCACUCAAAAGGAAUAAUUUACAGGGACCUGAAGCUGGACAAUGUGAUGCUGGACAGAGACGGCCACAUUAAGAUCGCUGACUUUGGGAUGUGCAAGGAGAACGUGUUUGGAGAGAAUCGGGCCACUACUUUCUGUGGGACGCCAGACUACAUCGCACCAGAGAUCCUGCUGGGACAGAAGUACACCUUCUCCGUGGACUGGUGGUCGUUUGGGGUACUGGUGUAUGAGAUGCUGAUUGGCCAGUCGCCGUUCCAGGGUGAUGACGAGGAUGAGCUGUUUGAGUCCAUCAGGAUGGACGUGCCUCACUACCCUCGCUGGAUCACCAAGGAGGCUAAGGACCUAUUGGAGAAGCUGUUUGAAAGAGACCCCAGUCGCAGGCUAGGUGUGGUGGACAACAUCCGCGGCCACUCCUUCUUCAAGACCCUCAACUGGCCUGCCCUGGAGAAGAGAGAGGUGGACCCCCCCUUCAAACCUAAAGUGAAAGGCCCCAAUGACUGCAACAACUUUGACCGGGAGUUCCUGAGUGAGAAGCCCCGCCUCUCCCACACGGACAAGAACCUAAUCGACUCUAUGGACCAGACAGCCUUUGCAGGCUUCUCUUUCAUCAACCUCAAGAUGGAACACAUUAUGGACAAAUGAAGCCACAACAAGAUUCCCCCAUCUCUUUGUUUUAACCGCACCAUUAUAAACGCAUAGGAAAGGGAGGAGGGGGAAACCAGUGUUGCAUUUAUCUCUGUGGUGGUUCCUUCAUUAAUGGUGUCUUUCUUUUCCUUGGGAUCAAACCUUGAAUUAAUCCAUGUACUGUACUUUAUCCCCCAACAUACAUCAACACACUCAUUUACACACACCCCAUAGUUCAGUUGUUUAGUAUUGUCCAUGCUGGGAUGUCAGGGGUCAAAUGUGGCUCUCUCACACACCCGUGUGCUCUGCCUACUGUAUGUCACUCUUUCCCGUCCCAUCAUUCACAUCAUUGUUUUGUGUGUGUGUUUUUACUGUCCUUGUGGGUACCAGAAGUGCAGGCAAGUGAGGACAUUUUGCUGGUCUUCACAAGGAAAAAUGCUAUUUUAGACUUAGGGAUUAGGGUUAUAGUUAAGGUUGGGGCUAGGGGUUACGGUUAGGUAUAGUUUGGGGUUAAGGUUAAAUUUAUGGGUUAGGGAAAAUAAGAUUUUGGAUGGCAAUCAAGUUUUUGGCCCCCACAAGGAUAGCAAUAUAAAAGUGUGGGCAUGCAUGCAUGAAUGAAUAUGUCGGGGUGACAGCAUGAAUCUCGAGUAUAUUUUAAAAGUUUUAUAAUGAAAAGAACGUUUACUUUUUCAGGUGCAAAUUCAGUACCCUGUGAAAGGUACACUUAAUUAAAUUGAAAGGGUAAUAAACAGAGGAGGAGUAAAGUAGAGGAUGCACAGAUUUAUACAGGCAUGGAUAGUCUCACCUUUGUCUGCCCAUCCACAUGAUAUAAAACUAAGGAUUUUAAAAUGGUACUGCAGCUUCCCCACUCUCCGGAACAAACCAGAGCUACUCUGAUCAAACCACAGCUACUCUGAUUCAGAUCUGCGUUACAGUAGUGUGAAAUGGAGUGGGACAUCAUACUGGAAGGAGUCAAUGUAAUGGUACUCUGCAGACAUUCGUAUUGAAGGUUAUGGGUGUGUGUUGGGGGGGAUUCCUUUAGAAAAAAGGAUGGAUAAAUUGGGUCUUGUGUUACUUGAAUGUAGGUAUUUUAAAAAGCAAAUAAUAAUAUGCUGUACGUUAAAUUAAAAUGAUAUGUGCAUUGCCUUCGGAAAGUAUUCACACCCCUUGACUUUUUCCACAUAUUGGUAUUACAGCCUGAAUUUAAAAUGUAUUACAUUUAGAUUUUUGGUCACUGGCCUACAAAAACAAUAACCCAUUAUGUCAAAGUGGAAUUGUUAAAAAAAAAAACAUUUUUACAGAUUAAUUCAAAAUGAAAAGCUCAUGUCUUGAGUCAAUAAGUAUUCAACCUAACCUUUUUCUUAUGGCAAGCUGAAAUCAUUUCAGGAGUAAAAAUGUGCUUUUCAAGUCCCAAGUUGCAUGGACUCACUUUGUGUGCAAUAAUAGUGUUUUUAACACAGUCAUAGAAAAAAUACCAUCUUUGUACCCCACACAUACAGUUAUCUGUAAGGGCCUUCAGUGAAGCAGUGAAUUUCAAACCCAGAUUCAACCUCAAGGACCAGGGAGGUUUUCCAAUGCCUUGUAAAGAAGGGAACCUAUUCAUAAUGGGUAAAAAAAAAAAAUUGAAAGACACUGAAUAUUCCUUUGAGCAUGGUAAAGUUAUUACACUUUGGAUGGUAAAGUUAUUACACUUUGGAUGGUGUAUCAAUACACCCAGUCACUACAAAGAUAAAGGCAUCUUUCCUAACUCCGUUGCCAGACAGAAAGGAAACCACUCAGGGGCCAAUGGCGACUUUAAAACAGUUACAGAGUUUAAUGGAUGUGAUAGGAGAAAACUGAGGAUGGAUCAACAACAUUAUAGUUACUCCACAAUACUUACCUAAUACACAAAGGGAAAGAUGGAAGCCUGUACAGAAUAAAAAAACAUGGCAAAGCAAUUAACUUCUUGUCCUGAAUACAACGUUUUUGUUUGGGGCAAAUCUAAUACAAAACAUUUCUGAGUAACACUCUCCAUAUUUUCAAGCAUAGUGGUGGCUGCAUCAUCUUAUGGGUAUAUGUUUAAUAGUUAAGGACUGGGGAGUUUUUCAGGAUAAAAUAGAAAUGGAAUGGCGCUAAGCACAGGCUAAAUCCUAGAGGAAAACCUGGAUCAGUCAGCUUUCCACCAGACUCUGGAAGAUAAAUUCACCUUUCAGCAGGACAACCUAAAACAGGACAACCUAAAACAUAAGACCACAUCGACACUGGUUGCUUACCAAGAAGACAGUGAAUGUUCCGGAGUGGCCAAGUUACAGUUUUGACUUAAAUCUAUGGCAGAAUCUAUGGCAAAACCUGAAAAUUGUUGUCUAGCAAUGAUCCACAACCAAUUUGAAACAGCUUGAAGAAUUUUUAAUAGGAAUAAUGGGCAAAUGUUGUACAGUCCAGGUGUGGCAUGUUCAUAGAGACUUACCCAGAAAAAGACUCCGCUGUAAUCGCUGCCAAAGGUUAUUCUACAAAGUAUUGACUCUGGGGUGUGAAUACUUAUGAACAUUUUUGUACUUAAUUUUCAAUCCAUUUGAAAACAUUUCUAAAAAACAUAUUUUCACUUUGUCAUUUUGUGUUGUGUGUAGAUAGAUGAGAAAAAAAUAUUUAAUCUAUUUUCAAUUCAGGCUGAAAGACAAAAAUGUGGAAUAAGUCAAGGGGUAUAAAUGCUUUCUGAAGGCACUGUAUAUUGCCCUAAAUAGUUACAAUAUUUGGUGAUGUAAGGAUAUACUUUUUUUACUGUCUUCAUAUUUUACAUCUGAUUAUAAAUAAACAGAUAUUUAACUCUAAA